ACGUCGGGAGGUUUUUCGCCGUCUUCGGCCUCUGGCGGCCCUCGCCGGGCCCUGGGUUUGGUGACUGCCUCUGCGCCUCGCGUCUGGCUUGCAGCCCCAGGGACAUGUGGCUGUACGUCAGCCCGCACGGCAGGAAGACCAAGCUCAAGAGGGAGGUGAUGCAGAUUGCCCAGGAGGAGAGCAGCGGGGUCCUGAAGCAGGAGGGCGCCGCCGCCGAGGAGGCGCCGGAGGCCCGCGACGACGACGAGGAGGCUGAGGCGCCCGCCGUCGAGCAGGGCGGCGUCGCCGCCGAGGUGGAGGACGGCGCCGGC